GCACUUCUGCCACCACAGCUAAAACAUUCUUGUGACGUAUCGUUUUAAGGGUAUUCGAAGGUGAAGAACGCAUUUCCGCCGUUCUUUCUCUCCUAAACCAUCAAUUGAAGGUGGUAAACAACUAAAACGCGUACAGGCAUUGAUUAAUUACGGUUUAGAAGGGUACUUUUAUUGCAGCACACGCGUUUUAUUUAUCGUCGGCCAUGCUCUAGUUAUUCUACGGUAUUGUUCAGCCACUAACUGCGUUCCUGCAGAUAUCGACAGUGACAUGUGUACCGGAACCGUCUGACAUUGUCCAAUGUUAAGGAUUGUUAUCUAAGUAAAAAUAUUGUUACGGGGGUCACGUCAAAAGUUGAAAUUCGAGCAGGAUUUACUGAAUUACUUCUGCCGCUGGUUCUGGGAACCUUGAAACCGUCUAAGGUGUGCGUACCACCCAAUCGUUUUCAGAUCCUAUUGAUCGGACCGUAGAAAAAAUGGUACACACCUCCGUAUAAUUUUUUUUUUUUAGUAGCAAGUGACGUAGUGAAGUAUUUAUGUUAAUUGGACACCUUUCGUUGAUUGUAUGGUUUUUCUUGUCAGGUGUAAUGAGUAAUUUAAAUGCCUUUAUUAUUCUUGACAGGUUCUGGCUCCUGGAAAAUUUAUGUUUAAUUGUGUAAUUGCUUGGAAAUUUAUUCAGUUAAUCGUGGCGGAAAACUUUCGUCUUCGACGAAGAGGUUCAACCAAAUUAAAACCAACAACAACAAAAACAUCUGGUUUAACACUUCGAGUCAAGUUCAAUGGCAAGUCCCCAUGAUGAUGAUGAUGAUGGUGGUACUUCUGCAAGCCAAAUAGUUUGCCAAUUAGGAGCAGCAUUUUAGGCCACGCUUUUUUGUUGCCACAACUGCCCGUCAGGUACCAUUGUCCGUUCGUCCGCGAUCCAAAGAAACUGUGCGACCAUCUGAUCAAGAUCAUUGACAUUGACUUUCAAAUGGUACGCCCGCAGCAAGGUCAAAACGAGCGGGUGGAAUCAGUCGAUUUUUUCCUCUUCCAAUUAUUAAAAAGACCGAAGGUCAACUAACACGGAAAAUAAUUGUUCGCCGCAACCUUGCGACAUAUUUUCGGUACCACCGUCCUCCCACAAUCGAAUUGUAAAGGUGUUGCACUUCCAGCCCCGCCUGACAAUGUCUCAACGAUCACGAAAACACGACCGAUAACCCGCAGCGAAAAUGGGCAGCUUACCGAACCUCCACGAGCUCGACAGGAAUGCCAGCUUCAAGCCCGGCCCCGCGUUGGGCCACCUGUGCGGCGGCUGCAACGGCGUCCUCACCACGGAGGAGAAGACCAAGAUCCUGCACCGGUACUCGGGCCACGCCAGGAUCACGAAGGCGAUGAGCAACCCGCAGGAGUCCAAUCGCAUCAUACACUGCGACGAUGUGAUGCUUGAACACAUGGCCACGUACUCGCCAAUCAGCACCAAGUCCAGGUUCAACUUGCACGGGAACAACGCCAGCAGAAGGAGGGACUCCAUGAACUCCUCCAUAGGUGCAACCUCGGUGAGGAGACUGUUGGCGGUUGUACGAGGUGGUAACAAUCAAGCCAGAGCUAAUUGCACGCCCAUUUACACCAGGAGAGUCCUGAUUUCCAACCUGGUGGUACUUUGUAUGUCCCACAUGUUGGCCACGGCUGCUUACUUGCCGUUUUUGGCCUUGCAAAGCAGCGUGUCCAUUUGGACGGUACCUCUUGUAAACGAAGAUGGAAUUGAUGUUAAUCUUGGGUCCUUUAUGAUGUGCGGCGUCUACUUGAUCGCCGCCCUUUUUGCUCUCAUUGCUCCUUACGUGGUCAAGAGGAUUGGGAGCAAUCUAACCAUUGUUAUUUGUUACGGUGUGUUGGUCGUCUUUUAUGUGGCUCACGUCUACCCACACUUGUAUUUUGUGUUGCCGGCCAAUAUUUUGCUGGGCAUUUGUUUGGGAUUACUUUCAGGUGGUCACAUUUCCUUCUUGCUGACCUUAAGUCAUAGAAUUACAGGUCUCUUCCACGAUGAAGACGAGGAAAGCCGACAAGCUAGAAGAACUUGCGUGGUUAGAAGAGUAGCAAGAGCCUUCCAAGGUGCCCAGGACUUUGGACUCAUCCUGGGCUCGAUCCUGUCUGCCAUUUUGAUAACCUACACCGUUAAUCUGAAGCACGACUCCAUGUUCAUGGUCCAAGAAGAAAACAGAACCAUCUACGACCAAUUUCGGAACUGCAACGCAACCUACAACCUGCCACACUGCAAUAUGACGCAGGAAAUCAUAAUAUCCAUCCCGGAGUACUACGACAUAUUCUUAAACAAAAUUUUCGACCAGACGUCAGACGGAAGGCUGUGCGGCUCUCAGGCUUGUCCCUUCAUCUUCCAGGACCACCAGAACAACACCGCCGAGUACGUCACCGACAACUUCCGGGUGUUGUCCGUUAAGUCGGCCGAAAUUUUAGUCGGGGUGUACGCCGGUUGUCUUCUGGCGGCUCUGUUGUUGGCUUUGCUAGGUCUGGACAAGAUCAGGAUGCUGAUGUACCAGGACCCGAUGGAACGGGGCGAGAUCCUGGCCGCCUUCAGGUCGGCGAAGGAGGCGUUCGGCGACAAGAACCUGCAAAUGGCCGCCCCCUUGGCCGUGUUCAUCGGCAUCGAGCAAGCCUUGAUGUACGCCGACUUCAGCAAAUCGUACGUGGUGUGCCAGCUGGACGUGCCGAGCGUGAACCUGGUGUUCUUGGCCAUGGGGGUGCUGCAGUCCAUCGCAGCCUGCACCUUGAGCAUGCUCCUGAGGUCCAUACGGAGGUACUACGUCGUAGCGGUGGGUUUCACUUUUCAUUCGUGUCUGAUAUUGGUGCUGCUACUGUGGAAGCCGACCGAGGACGAUCCGGCUCUUUUCUACGUCAUCUCGGCCUCCUGGGGCGUGUGCAAUGCCAUCUGGGAGAUGCUCAACUUCACCCUUUUAACGGGUCUCUACUCGGACAACUGGGAGUCAGCCUUCGCCAACAGUUACUUCUAUAGAUUUUUGGGAUUUUCAAUAGCAUUUUCAAUGCACUCCCUGAUGUGCAACUACUGGAAGUUCUACUUCUUAAGUUUCUUCAUGCUGGGGUCGGUUCUGCCCUUCGCCUGGCUGGAGGUGAAGCUGGAGAACAUGAGGAAGGAGAGGCACAUCAUCAGAUUAUGACCCAAGCUGAACAUUUGGUGAUCUUUGCGUUCUAACAGGGGUACAUAUCACAUUGUCGCGAAGAAGUAUUGACACACGUUGGAAGGUUAAAUUUAUUAUAGUACUAAAAAUUUGAUGUUGUGUUCAGAGAAGUUGAGAUCAAAGCUUUAAACAAUGUAUCGCCCCGGUCACGAGGGCUUAUCCUCUGUUUAGAUUAGAUUAGAUGUGAUAUAUUUUUGAUUUUGGACAACACACAAAAACCAAAACAAAACCAGACUGGUGUCGGUCGAAAAUCAUUUUGAUUUUUGAUGAUAUGAAAUAUAUACAAUCACUUUUAAGAAACAUCUCUAGUCGGACGUAGAAAGUAACUUUUAUAAAGUAAGUAAAUUACUACUCUAUUGUAAAUUGUGUUCUCCGUGGAUUUAGUAAGUGAAUUGUUAAAUCUUAGCAGGACGUAGGCUUAAAUAGUAAGCUUGCUGCAAAUUUCCCCACCAGGAAGACUUGAUCAACUGUUUUUUCUGAUUAAUUAAUCUAGAACAAGUAGGGCGUUGCAGCAAGCUUUCAGGAUGUAAUUUAUUGGUAAAAUUCUCUGUGAUUUUUGUAAAUAAUUAAACAAAAUGGGUUGUUAUAACACCCUAGUGUCCUUAUAUAUAACAUAUAAUUGUUUAUAAUAAACUAAUUGAUUGUAAAA